UUUUAUUUUGGACGAAGACCUCGGUUUCCGAAGCAUCAACUUCCAACUUCUCAACUCUUUGUGCACCCAAACUCCCCGCCUAAAAUUCUCUCCACUGCAAAAAAAAUUGCGAGCAAAUCUAGCACCUACCAAACUUCCGACAAUGGCUACUCGAUACCUAUAAACCCUAGAAUUUCGACAACAAAACGGAUAAAAUAUGUUUGCAAUUUCCGCCAUUAAUGAUACAGAUUCGAAAAGCCCAUGGGAGCCUUUAGCUCCUACCAAAGAAGCUCAGGAGUUCCACCUUACACAAACUUAUCAUGAUGGACUCUUGAAGUUGCAGUCUAAAGAAUAUAAAAAGGCACGUGAACUUCUGGAAGCUGUUGUGAAAGACCCUCUGGUAUCUACUACUCAGGUGGAGAGUACAGCUAGUGAUGGCCAUCUCUUACAACUCAAGUUUUUGGCACUGAAGAACCUUGCCACUGUUUUCUUGCAACAAGGUCCUGCACACUAUGAAAGUGCAUUACACUGUUAUCUGCAAGCCGUGGAGAUUGAUACGAAGGAUUCUGUUGUCUGGAAUCAGCUGGGUACACUGGCUUGUUCCAUGGGUUUAUUGAGUAUAUCUCGAUGGGCAUUUGAGCAAGGGCUUGUUUGCAGUCCUAACAAUUGGAACUGUAUGGAGAAACUUUUAGAGGUGCUUAUUGCUAUUGGAGAUGAAGUUGCAAGCUUUACUGUUGCAGAAUUAAUUUUGCGGCACUGGCCAUCUCAUGCUCGUGCUUUUCACGUCAAGAAAACUAUUGAAGAGUCGGAGCCUGUACCGUUUGCCCCAAGAGGUAUUGAUAAACUGGAACCAGAGCAUGCCAGACUUAAAUUUAUUGACAAGAGAAAAUCAUCUAACAGUGAUGUGGACGUGGACAGUGUGCCAAAAAGGUUGAAUCAGACCAUUGAAUUGCAGUUGAGAGAACUCUCAUGGACUGCUCUUGCGGACAUAGUCUUGGGAAUCCUGCUGUCUCAUGAUAGAUGUAACAUUGAAACAGUAGUUGAGAAACCUAAUUGGCCGGGAAAUAUGAGAGUAGCAAUAUGCUUGCCUUCAAAACUUGAAGAUGCUGAAAUGUCUACUAUCAGUUCUGCUGAAAACAUCUCAAACAGCGAAUGCUAUACAAGAGAUGAAAGUAACAUUAGUAGAAAAGAAGUGCAUGAUUCUGAAGAACAGAUACAUGAAAGACGAAGCACUCGUUUAGUAAGCCUUAGGAGUCAGAAAACAGGUAAGGAAGAUGCUGAAUUUUCUGGGAAUAAAGACAUGGAGAAAGUCGUGAUUCAUUCUCUACAGCCUUUUAUCGUAAGUAGACAAGAGAUCAAAGAUUUUAGUUAUUCUUCAAGUCAUUCUUUGGACAAUGAAUGGCAAGAUGUACAAAAUUUUGUUAUGCAAACAUCUAAAAGUUAUGGUGCUUAUCAAUUGGGACAUCUGCUUUUGGAAGAGGUUGCAAAAAAAGGCCUAGUACAUCGUGAUGCAUUUAUGAAGUUUCUAGAGUUGGAAAAAUUGACAAGGCUUUGGGGAUGUGAGAGAACACCUGAAUGCAGUCUCUUUCUUGCUGAGUUAUAUCAUGAUCUAGGAUCAUGUUCGCACGAUGCAUCAAGUAUGACUGAGUUAAUGCACGAGGCGUCCUUCCAUCUCUCAAAAAUCAUUGAAUCCGUUGCCUCGGAAUCACCUAUGGAUUUGGCUAUCGAUUGGGGUAAAGGCUGUUCUAAGGUUGGUGAGAUUACUGAAGUUGGCUCUAAAAGUUCUGCUAGCUGUUCCGAACGGCUAAAAUCAUCAUUGGAUGCAUAUAUUUUGACAGAGAAGAGUUCUUUUUGGGUCCGAUUUUAUUGGUUAAGUGGUCUUGUUUCAAUCUGGGAGGGCAACAGAACGAGGGCUCAUGAGGAAUUUUCAGUUUCUUUAUCCCUUUUGGAAAACUAUAGGAAUUUGAAUGAUAUACCUGGUUCUAUCCAAUUGCCUCAUUGCAAGGUUAAUAAAAAAUUGACCACUAAUAAAAUUCGUCAUGAGAUAAAUCUACUAGAAGUUCAGUUUCUGCUGAAGAAUGAUGUUGCUGAAAUGCUCAAGAAAGAAAUGUAUUCAGAAUGCAUAGACUUGCUCGCCCCACUCUUACUGCCCACAAAAGGUGUUAAUGUGGAAGCAGCACUUGUAGCUGAUCAAGAUGAGGGUGUUACGACUGGUGAACUAUCAGCAUUAGAUGUUCUGAUUAAAGCUUGUGAAAAGGUAGACCCACUGAAUGUGGAGGUGUGCCUGAAUUGUCAGAAGCGCAAACUCCAAAUACUCAUGGUUACGGCUGGGAUGGAAGAUUGUGUUGUCUCAUGUGAAUUAUUCUGUGAGAAGUCGACUCCAAAAGUAAUGUCUACUUUUGGAACAGAAUUAAAUGAUACUUCAGGAUGGAACUAUUUUGAUUCAAUUGCAGAACAAGUCAAGUCCAUUUCUGAAUGUUCAUCUCGGGUGAAGAAUUAUAUUGAUCAGCACAAAGAUCUGAAUGAUAUCAAUAUCCCACGAAGCAAUAUUGCUGAUAUUCAAAUUUUGUUGCUGGCACUCAUGUGCAACAUAGCAAGAAUGUGCUUCGGCAAGAAACCUGCCGGCGUCUCAACUUCAGAUCAUAGAGAACAGAAGCAAAGAUGUUUCUUUGUCAAUGCAGCAAUUGCAUUCUGCAAACUCCAACACCUGGAUCUGUCAAUUCCCAUUAAAACUCAAGUUGAUUUAAUUACGGCAAUUCAUGAUGUGCUUGCCAAGUUUGGGUUGUGCUGUGUUGGCGAAGAUGGAAUAGGGGUGGAUGGAACAUUUCUUAAACUUGCUAUAAAACAUUUGUUGGCUAUGAAGAUUAAAUCUAGUCACCAUUCUAUGAGCAAGGAAUCAAAAGGAUUUAAUGAUGAUGCCAAGGUAUCUGCUGACAGGCCGAGUACAGGACCUGAAUCUGGUGAAUUGUUUGCUCCUGAUAGUAUUUCCUCUGUUGAAAGUGAGCAGGGAGAAAGUUUAGAAGAUAGAUCUACCAACACAUUGAGCAAUCAGCAAGAAAUGAACAAGCAGGUCUCUCGUGCUGAAUCCGAACUUGCUGAAGAUGAAAGAGAAGAACUUGAAUCUGCAAUUGAUAAUGCAUUGAAUCAGUGUUUUUAUUGUCUGUAUGGCCUAAAUCUUCGUUCUGAUACAGCCUUUGAGGAUGAUUUGGCGGUGCAUAGAAACACUAGUCAGGCAGAUUAUCAGUCCAAAGAGCAAUGUGCUGAUGUGUUCAAAUAUAUAUUGCCGUACGCGAAGGCUUCAACUAAAACAGGUCUGCUCAAGCUCCGAAGAGUGCUGAGAGCCAUACGUAAACAUUUUCCACAGCCACCAGAUGUGGUUCUUGAUGAAAAUCCAAUUGCUAGAUAUCUAGAUGACCCAAAUGUCUGUGAAGAUAAAUUCUCAGAAGAGGCUGGGUCUGAUGGUUUUCUUGAUUCGGUAGUUAAAGUCACGGGGAUCCUCAACCAGAACAAGAUAUUAGUAGGAAGCUGUGAGCCCUAUAUGGAUGUCUAUAGAGACCUGUACUAUCUUUCGGCCUUGUCUGAGGAAACAAGUGCUACUGAUAAGUGGCCUGGCUUUGUACUCACGAAGGAAGGGGAGGACUAUGUUGAGCAGAGUGCAAAUCUUUCCAAAUAUGAUUUGUUGUUCAAUCCUUUGCGCUUUGAGAGUUGGCAGCGUCUUGCCAAUAUUUAUGAUGAGGAAGUAGACCUGUUGUUAAAUGAUGGAAGCAAGAAUAUAAAUGUGACUGGAUGGAGAAAGAAUGCCUCAUUGCCUCGACGAGUUGAGUCAAGUAGGAGAAGAAGCCGACGAUGCCUAUUAAUGAGCUUGGCUUUGGCUAAGACUUCAGAACAGCAGAGUGAGAUACAUGAGAUGUUGGCGCUGGUAUACUAUGAUGGACUUCAGAAUGUAGUACCAUUUUAUGAUCAAAGAGGUGUUGCGCCAAGUAAGGAUUCAACAUGGUUGAUGUUCUGUAAAAAUUCAAAGAAACAUUUCGAGAAGGCCUUUGCCUACAGGCAGGAUUGGUCACAUGCAUUUUAUUUGGGGAAACUUUGUCAAAAGCUGGGAUGUCCAUCGGAGCUAUCACUUUCAUAUUAUGACAAGGCUAUUGUAAUAAACCCAUCAGCAGUUGAUGCAAUUUAUAGGAUGCAUGCUUCUCGCUUGAAGCUACUAUAUACAUGUCGGAAGCAGAAUUUAGAAGAUCUAAAGGUGUUUGCUGCUUACUCCUUCAAUCAAAGCACUAAAGAGAUAGUUAUGGAUAUCCUUGAUAAAGUGGAAAAACCAGAGUUUCCAGAAGUCGACAGGAAGGGUCAUAUCCUAUCUGAUACUGAUGAUCGUAAACAUGGGAUCCACCAAUUGGACGAAGUCUGGCGCAUGCUGUACAAGGAUUGCCUUUCUGCUCUUGAGAUAUGUGUGGAGGGGGAUCUAAAACAUUUUCACAAAGCUAGAUACAUGCUUGCUCAAGGUCUUUACAGAAGAGGUGAAAUUGGCGAUCUUCAGAAGGCAAGGGAUGAGAUCUCUUUCUGCUUCAAGUCAUCACGUUCUUCAUUUACGAUUAACAUGUGGGAGAUUGAUAGUUCAGCCAAAAAAGGAAGACGCAAAGCACCUGCGGUUGCUGGGAGCAAAAAGGCUCUUGAAGUUAACUUACCAGAAAGUUCCAGAAAAUUUAUAACUUGUAUAAGGAAGUACUUGCUAUUCUAUCUGAAACUCUUGGAGGAGACUGGAGAUGUUUGCACCCUUGAUCGUGCUUAUGUUUCUAUCCGAGCAGAUAAGCGGUUCUCAUUAUGCCUGGAAGAUCUGGCUCCUGUGGCUCUUGGGAGGUUCAUAAAGACACUUAUCUCAUCAAUGUCGUCAGCUAAUGAUGCUGCUUCGACUGCUGCAAGAAGCUCUCCUGAGCAGAUACUCGAGAAGAUGUUUACUUUGUUCAUGGAGCAGACAAGCGUGUGGCCUGAUAUAUGCAAUUCGCCAGAAAUCAAGUGCCCGGAGUUGUCAGAAAGCACACUAUAUGGUUAUCUCCACCAAUAUGUAUAUUCCUUAGAGAAAGAUGUCAAGCUUGAAUUCCUUGAAGGCAUUAAUGAGAAGAUACGAAAGCGUUGUAGAAAUCCAAAAUUGUCGAAUAGCAACUGUUCUGGGGUUUUCAAGCAUGCUUCUGUUGCCUGGUGCAGAUCUCUUGUAAUCAAUCUUAUUAUGAUCACACCAUUACAUUCUAGUGUCCCUGGUGAGGCAAUCGCUGAUUCAGAAAAUGAGCAGCUGUUGUGUUUAGAUCUGCAAACCAAUGAUUUCUGGAAUCCUUUGUUUGGAAAUCCAGCACACCUUGCAAUUCUUCAAACCAAAUGGAAUAUGUUGUUAUCAAAAGUUGAGAAUGUUAUAGUCAAGAAAACUUCAGAGGAAAAUUUGGAAACUGCAAAUUCGCUGCUGAGAUCUACUUACAGCUUCUAUCGUGAUAGUUCGUCGAUGGUGCUCCUAGAUGGUGUGAAUCUCUUCUGGGUUCCAGCUCGACUGAUCACAACUGGGAAGUUUAACCUGAGCACAGAGGGGGUUGAAAUUGUUGACGUGAGUGUACCACGGAAACUUCUGAUGUGGGCUUACACACUGCUGCAUGGGCGUUGCCCAGGCAUCUCUGCUGUUGUCAAGUACUGCGAAGAAAAUAUGAAGACGAAAACCAAAAGAGCAAAUGCUGCAUUUUCCUCGGCUUCUACUGCUGGCAUGCCAACCAUUCCAACUGCUCAGUCAGUAGUUGUUGGUGGUUGUAAAGACGGGGUGACAAGUCAUGGUGGAAUUGCUCCAUUAAGUGGUCUGCAGUCUUUGCCUGAAGCGGGUGAAGCUCCUGCAACGAACACUGCUCCUCCAAAUGAUGGCCAAAAGAUUCUAUCCACAUCUCAAAAACUGCACCAUUGUAAUAACAAUAUUAAUAAUACCACUGUUCCAGAAAGGAGAACUUUUGAUCUUAAUAAUGACGCAGAACCAGAACGAAUUGAAAAUUUUUGACACUACAAAAAACUCGUCGCCUAUAUGCUGUUAUGUGAUUAUACUGGGCAGGUUAAUGCAUGAAAUAUGGCUACUUGUGUGUGUA